ACGUAGUUGGCGUCCGCACCAACAUGCCAGUCAGUCCCAGAUUUCAGAUUUCACUUCACUUCACUUAGCUCUGCUAUAAAUAUACACAUAUACAUACACCCUUUAUUCGAUCGACAAAAUUUCUCUUUCGGCAGCACACAAAAACUGUUGUAAAUUAACGUAUCUCCGUACCGUGUUCGAAACGUUGGGUUAUUGGUCCUCAGUGUCUAGCCUGCCUGUUUUCCCGGUUUUCCUCCAGACCCAAUUACCGUAGUCAGAUAACCGCAGAAGACCCAACUGAAAAAUCAACAAUAUUCCCGAAAAACUACAAUAAACUCGCGAAUCAAGUUUUGAUAAAGAGGUACAAGAGUCGAAACGAAAAAAUCGAUACCCGAUCUUUGACAGUGAUAGCGAUCCACGGAAUCGAUAUCGCGUCAAAAGUCGAGUGGAACUUGAACCCCUGGCAGUUUCUUUGUACAAAACAGGAAGCGAAAAAAUCAAGUCUAUUACAGUACUUGAAACAUUGACAGGAAAGGAGAGCUAUAUCUGAAAAAACUUCGUUGGUAUCUGUGUAUCCUGGCAGUCGGAAAAUGGAAGAUGUCCAAGUGAAUCUGGGUGAGCCGUCGUCACACAAUGCCAUGGCAGCUGCCGCGGCUGCCGCUGCCGCCACCGCUACGGCACGACAUGGGCACAGUAUGAUCCUCGGCCAGAAGCUUGGUCCACAGCCGCAAAACCACCAUCCCAUGGACCAUAUGCAGCAGCCACACCGACUCUACAACCACCACCGCCACAACGCACAAGCUUACCAGCUCCACCGCCAGCAUCUGCAGCACCAACUCCACCAGCAGCAACAGCUUCACCACCACCCCCAGCUGCACCGCCAGCUGCUGCAGCAGCAUCGUCACCACCCCCACCAGGUCGGCCCCCAGCUGAGCCACCUCAGUCAAAUAAAUCAAAUCAGUCAGCUCAACCAACUCAGCCACCUGAACCAGAUCAGUCAGAUCAACCAGCUCAAUCAUAUCACCCAGUUGAACCAUCACCUGCAGCAGCACCAGCACCACAUGAGCCAGCUGCACCAUCACCAGAGUCAGCAUAACCACCAUCCGCUAUUGCAUUCCCAGUCGCUACCACUGCCAUCGCCCCUGCCGCUCCGCAAGCUGACGCUUGCCUCUCCUGCCUUCAACCUGAACCUGAGCUUGGACCAAGAACUGACGGGGGACCACCAGAUGGACCCCCAGACACAAAAUAUGCAGAUGGGCCUCGGCCUGGAACUCGACCUGGACCUGGACAUAAGGGAAGACAACAUGAGUAGCACCCGUAGCGACAGCACCACUGGCAGCUCUGACAGCUCCCGUGGAAGCUCAAGUGGCAGUUCCAGCGGCAGCUCCUCUGGAAGCACCAGCGACCAGGGGCAUGGACUCGGUACUGAGACUGGGCUCGACCAGGACACAUCGCUAUCGUCGACCCAUUUCCCAGUCACCUAUGCUCAUGCCCCGUACACCGAUGACCAGAUCCCUGAUGUGGAGAUUUUCUCGGGCACGACAGCAACAACACAGCAGAUUCCCAUAAGUGACGGCAUUGAAAUAGAAAGCGCCACCGAUGACGAGAUGGCUGCCAUGUCCAUGUCUUCGGCGAUUACUAAGCCACUGCCCACUCAGCCCAUGACACCAAGUCCCAGUGCCAGUUUCAGUUCGUUUACACUUCCAGUGUACUCAGAUUCGGAGGCCAUCGCCACGGCGUCCCCUUCUUUGGAUUCCGCUUCUCUGGAAGGGGAUAACUCGGACGACCUGGAUCCCUUGUACGAUCUGAAGCCGUCCGCUUCCAUUUUUAUGAAGGCGGCCAAUUCGAAAUUAAACGCCUCCGCCGCCGCCUACAAGAUGCGUGGUCUGGACUUGGGGUUCGGGACCGGAGGCGAUGGCUGCGGCGGUGGCCUGCUGCCCACGCCCACCACCACCAUUCAGUAUAAGCCGCAGCAUUUGUCCGAGUCCUUGGCAGAGUUCAGACUAAAUGCUGGGGCUGCGGUCUUCAAGCCACUUCGGAGCCGUGGAGGAGGAGUAGGAGAAGGAGUACCUGCCGGCAUGGGACAAGGAGAAGGAGAAGGAGUCACUGAAGGAGAAAAGAAUGAAGAUUAUGCUAUAGCAGAAGGCAGCGCUGUAUUGGAAGGAGAAGCUACAACCACGGGAGGCGAUGGUGGAGACAGCGCCGGCAUUGAAGUUGGAGAUGGAGUCGGAGGAGUUCGCGGUGGUGGCGGCCGAGUGGUGGCCGGCGUGAGGGGAGGCCGCGGAUUGCUGGCAUUGCCGGGUCUAUUACCGGCACCGCAUCCGCUGCCCCUGCAGACCCACCUCACGCACGGGCAUUCACACCUCCAUCCACAUUUGCAUGUCCAUCCGCCGUAUCCGCAUGCCCAUGCUCAUGCCCACGCCCAUCUCCUUCAGCGUCUGGCCGUCAAGCAGAAUAUCCGAUACCGCAAGCAACCGCUACCGGAUCUGUUCCAUGCCGUCAUCGCCCUGAUGCGGGAUCAGAGCCGUUCGGUCAGCUAUCCGGAGAUCAUCAACGCUCUGUCGGUCCGCCUGCAGCGCCCGGAGGUGGAGCUGAAGCGCCAUGUGCCACACACCCUGCACGCGGCUGUCAAUAAUGGUUACUUGCGCAAGGACGGCAACCGAUACUCUCUGCUGACCGAGAUCGAGCAGGUGGAGAUCAUGCGACGCAACCAGCAGACUGCCGAGCGGGCCAAGGAGCUGGAGAAGGAGCCGCUCUCCUGGCGCAAGCGCUAGUCAGAGCUACUAAGGAAUCACAACCAAGAACAAGUAAUGAUAACAACAAGUGACACAUGAAGAGACCUGAAGACAUGAAGACAUGAAAAGACCGAGAAACAAGAGAACCCAAGAGAAACCCAAGAUCGACAUCGAUCGAUACACCAUCCGUUUAGCCAUCCAAAUGAAACCCUCAUCCCAUCAUACGUGAAUUACCGUUUUGGCCUACCCCAUCUAACCCACCCAGUCCGGCCACAUCUGCAUACAUAUUUUUGGCAUCGCAUAGCUAACGUAUGACGUAUCGCGUAUAUAUAUCUUAUAUGAUAUAUACAUAUCCACCCAUAUAUUUUUUACAAAAACGAGCAUGCACAGAAGUCAUAGCUGUGGGACCAGCUCGUGUGCAUCCUGCCGCACUGCAUCCAUGCACUCUACUAUCAACUGCAACCGAGUCCCAUCCGUAACGAGUGCCACGAGCUGCCCAAAAGCUGCGAGUCCUGUGAGUUCUUGUGCCGCCGACGAGCCCACCAUAUAUUUGGUUUGGUAUUUUGGUUUUACUGUACGUGAACUAGUCCGCGGACCGGCCAUGCUCGAUCCGUGACCCAUCUGUCACACCACAACCCAUCAACCCGUGAUCAGUGAUCCGUGAUCUGUGAUCUGUGAUCCGUAAUCGUGCCGCAAUCAAAGGGACCGUCCUGCGCAUGUUUCGUAAAUAACGAGCGUUCCAAUACUGCUGCCGUUCCUAUUUUGCGUUUAAAUCACAUUCGAGUUGUCCUGGUUCCAGCGCCUUUAUAUUUGCAAGCUUUCGGGUAUAAAUAAAUUGUAGUUUUUCAAAUAA